CUUGCUGGUAUCGAUCACAUCUUCAUUGGAACAAUCAAACACAUUAAAUGACAUACGUUGGGGACAACAGUAAUUACCCAAAUCUGACCACUGCCGGGUUGAUUUUCCCCUCCAACACUGCUAUUGAUAUUGUACAGAACGACUAUGAUUUGCUCUUUGAUCAGCUGGCUUCAGAGCAACCAUUCUCAGCUGUUUCGUUGCCGAACAAACUUCCUGAUGUGCAAGAACAACUAAUGUAUCAAGGGGAUGCCCUCAAUCAUUACACACAAUUGGACGGAUUUCCUCCAAUGCACGCUCUUGCUCCUGUUCAAACUGACGGUAUGAUGAAUUUCCCAGGAAAGGAAUUUCAGCAACCUUUAUACUCAACAGCGCAAGGUAUUAUGCAACAACAGCAUUUCGCUAUUCAAACACCAAUCACGGUGCCUGAGGAGAUAUUUACACGUCCACAAAUGACUGCUUCCCCUGACAGUAUUAUGUCUCUCAACGGGGCCACACGGACAUCUAUGGAACCAGUGGAACCAUACGAACGCUACAGAGUUACACGAGGUGUAUCCUCUGGAGGUUCUGCCACAAAGCCACCACACACAGUCACCAUACCAGGACACUAUUAUACUCCGGUGAUUUUAGAGCUUGUGGGAGCAAAGCUGGAAGAGCUUUGUAUGCCACAAUGGAGCCAAGCUGAGAAGGAAGACAAACGCAGAAUUAUAAGGGUAGAAAGAUACCAAAUCGCAAACCGCAUAGUUGCACAGUUCAGCAUUGUUGGUAGCGCAAAUGAGCAUCCAAAGGUUGUUCCUGCUCCCCCUGGGGUGGAUGUCGUAGAGGUUAGCUGUUUGGCUUGUCUCACGCGAGAAUGUGACGAUCAGGAUGAAGAUGAGGAGUCGGAAGAUAUCAGUCAACAAUACCGGUAUAAAAGCCCUUCUCCUCUCAAAAAUAGUUUCUACAUCACAAGCGUUGAAGUUAUCAAAAUAGUGGAACUAUUGAUUGGAACAGAGCCUUCAACACCGCAUGAACGUCGACGCGAAAGAGGCCGUAUAAGAUCCAACUUGGUUCCAUUCUGGAGCAAGAAAUCAAUUUCGUCAAGAUGUUCGAAUCAAGAAAUGAGAUCAAGUCCGUUGAGUGAUGAAGGGGCUGACUUCAGAGUUGAGUUGGCCACGAGGAUUAUGAGCUAUGAAAUCCGUAAACCAAGGGGCUUUGAUAAGGAGGUGCGUAUUCUAAAGUGGGAGAAGCUCGUACCCGCUUUAAAAAGAGCACUUCAGAGUUACUAUGUUGAAGUUCCAAGUGAUUUCCAUCCAUAGUUACUGCUCCCAUCAUUCUCCAUAACAUACGACUUUUUUACGAUACAGACGAUCUUUCUUUCUGUCGGUCUUAGUUUAUGUGACUCUGAUUAGACCAUUAUUCUAUUCAACACAUAUACACUGAGCUUUGGAAAUGUCUACGCAUACUAGUUAACGCAUAUACACCUUAAUAUGGUAUCUGGAACACAUUGUGCUAAGCAAUGUUUCUCAAAUCAAGAUAUAAUCUUUGAUUUAUAUACAAAUAUACAAACGAGCAGAG